GCUGUUACUCGUAUUUUACUACAAUGGCGGUUGCAUUUUGUUGUGUGUUCAACGAGAGGUCCGUAUAAUUAUUCUUUUCCUAAACUUAAUCAUCUAUUUUCAUGUACUGAGCUUUCCUGCAUGAACGUCGCCAACGUCAGUGAUGUCCUCGUACACAUUUUCGAAAAAGACAUUUACACCUGUGCCCCCCGAGAAAGGAAGUUUUCCGCUCGACCAUGAGGGAUCUUGCAAAAAGAUUAUGAUCCAGUAUAUGCGUUGUUUGUACGAGAAUAAGAACGAGAAUACAAUGUGCAGAGAGGAAGCGAAAAAUUAUCUUGCUUGUCGAAUGGAUAACGAGCUAAUGGCGCGAGAAGAUUGGUCCUCUCUCGGUUUCUCUGACGAGGUCAAGGAGACAUAACAACAGCGAUUUAUUACUAAUCGAUUGUCGCGACGUCGUAGAUUUACGAACAUUUCAGCUGGUUAUCAUUUUAUCUUGAAAAGGAGAUUAACAGGUUUCACGGAUCAAUCUCGAAAUAGUAUAUACGUAUAUAUGUGUUUAGGAAUUAUUAUUUAACACGAUUGGAGCUUGGUGACUAGACAUAAUUGAAUAGUGGAGUUUUAUUCAACAUAUAGUCAGAUUAAAGUGAUUCCAGUGUGGUGGACAGACUUCAAAGAAAAUCAAGCAUUUGAAACAACUUGGUAGCAACAAUAGUACACCUGUCAUAGAGAUUGCAAAUUAAGCAUUUAACUUAGAUCUCUGUUAAUUGUAGUUUCCUGUGGAUCUAAGUAAUUGAAGGCAUUUGAUUUCCGUCAGAUGGCCUAAAAAAUAAUAGCAAACCCGUUGUCGUUGUUUCACUGGCCAAACCUAUUCCAUAUCGUCUGUUGAGAAAACUGAUAGUACAGUUUUAUAUAAUAUAAACAGAAAAU